AUGGGUGAUACGGGCAGUGGAAGCCCUGCUGGUGGCCCAAGUGGAAGUACAACUGAUAGUAUGGGUAAUACGGGUAGUGGAAGCACUGCUGGUGACGCAAGCGAUGGAGAUGCUGCCGGUGAUGCUGGAAGCUCAGCUGGUGGACCAAGUGGAAGUACAACUGAUUCAGGAGAUGGAAGUAUGGGUGAUACGGGCAGUGGAAGCCCUGCUGGUGGCCCAAGUGGAAGUACAACUGAUAGUUCAAUGGGUGCUGGAGGUGGAGCAGGUGGCGAAAACGGUGGAGCUGCUGCUGAUGGAUCAAUUGAUGCUAGUGGUGGAGAAAAUUCAAUGGGUGGUGCAACUCAACGUACUGAAAGUGGUGGCAGCGCUGCUGCCGGUGUUGAGAGUGAAACUGAAAGUUCAAUGAUUGGUGGAGGUGCCUACAGAGAUUCUACAGGUGGAAGCUCUGCCAGUAGCCCCUCUGCUGGUGGUCCGAGUGAAAGUACAACUAAAAACUCGAUGGAAGGUGUUGCGGGUGGCAGUGCAACUGUUACAAGUUAUCAAGCUGCCAAUUAUCAAAAGACACACUCAAAAUCGUCAGGCAAAAGCUCCUUUAGCCAUUCUUUAGAGGAGAAAAGUUAUGGAGGUGCCAAUGCUGACUCGUAG